AUGCCGAAAUCCCUGGGACUCCUUCUGCUGUGUGUCUUGCUCCAGAAGAAAGCAGAGGCUAACUCCCUUGGAAACUCAGCCAAAGAUAUGUUUGAAGUGUGGCAGCAGUAUCAGACGAACUGCAUCCGCAAGAUGUCUGAGGAUCCGCAGCCCACCGGCCUGGUGUGCAACCGUACCUUCGACAUGUAUGCCUGCUGGGACGAUGCCCUUCCCAACAGCACGGCCAAGGUUCCCUGUCCUUGGUAUCUUCCUUGGUAUCCGCAAGUGCAAGAUGGCUUCGUGUUCCAGAAAUGUGGGGCAGACGGGCAAUGGGUGCAAGACGAGACAGGCCAUCCUUGGCGCGAUCACUCCCAAUGUGAGGACCUUCCCGAAGACCUUCCCUUCCAGAAACGCUUGUGGAUUCUAGAGCAGUUCCGGCUGAUGUACACCAUGGGCUACUCCGUUUCUCUGAUGGCUUUGCUGGUGGCCUUGGCCCUGCUGUCCACCUUCAGGAAACUUCGGUGUAUCCGCAAUUACAUCCACAUGAACCUUUUCCUGUCCUACGUGCUGCGCGCCAUCUCCAUCCUCGCCCGGGAUGCACUUUUACGGCUCCGUUUUCCCGAAGACUUCCAGAAGGAAGGAGAUUUCUCUAGCUUUCCUAUGGCACAGGCUGGAGCCAGCUGUCGCCUGGCACAGGUCCUCACCCAAUACUGCGUCUGUGCAAACUACUACUGGCUCCUGGUGGAAGGACUCUAUCUCCAUAACUUGCUGGGACCCCUGGCCUUCUCCGAAGAGAGCUAUUUCCUAGGCUAUCUGCUACUUGGAUGGGGGUCUCCAAUCCUUUUCGUCCUGCCUUGGGUGAUUGUGAGGUAUCUCUACGAAAACCACGAAUGCUGGGAGAGAAAUGAUAACAUGGGCUACUGGUGGAUCAUUCGCUGUCCUAUCCUACUAGCCAUCUUUGUCAACUUUGUGAUCUUCAUCCGCGUUAUCAAGAUCUUGGUUUCCAAGCUCCAGGCACAACAGAUGCGCUAUGCGGAUUACAAAAUGCGGCUGGCCAAGUCAACCCUGACCCUCAUCCCCUUGUUGGGCAUCCACGAAGUGGUGUUUGCUCUGGUCACCGAGGAGCAGGCUCAAGGCACCUUGCGAUACGUCAAAUUCUUCUUUGAGCUCUUCCUCAACUCCCUCCAGGGCCUUCUGGUGAGCAUACUCUACUGCUUUGUCAAUAAAGAGGUCCAAUCUGAAAUCCAGCGGAAGUGGCAGCGGUGCCAAUUGGGAGCCGGGCUGCUUGAGAAGCCAGGGCACAGCCUCAGCCGAUGGGCUUCCUGGCGCAACCGAAGCAGCCAUGGCAAAAAGGCCGGCUUUCUCCAACCCUGUGGUCACCCGGGACCACCAAAUCUCCCAAAGGGCUUCGAGGCGAACCUUGCUGCUAUCAAACCGUACUGCUACGUCCCAGUUAAGUCCGAGGAAAAAGCAGAAAACGUACUCGGCCCGAAGGAGAGUCUUCCCUGCACCGUCGGCCCGGAAAAUGCAUGCUGAUCCCCAUUAUUAUUAUUAUUUUCCUAGAGCUUCAUAUCCUCCAACAUUUCACAGACGUGUGGCAGAGCAACACCAGAGGACAAACGAUAUUAAGGAGGAUGGACACACAAAUCUAGGAGAGGCUGCAGCAGUUUGCUUUUGCCUAAGCUGACUGGGAAGGGCCAACAUUGCAUUACUUGCAAUUUAUUUAUUUUUUUGCAAUUUGAACUCCAUUGGCAGGAAUUGAACUAAACUGAAGGACAAAUGGAGAAAAGGGACAUUUCAAAAGCAGCUGGAA